CGUCGGUAUCUGCCGGCAUAUGCUGCUGGUAAACUGACCGACCAGAAAGUUGUUGGGUAGAUACUGACAGGGACAGAUGCCUGCGCCCCUCAGGGUAUCUCCUUCUCAGGGUACAGAUUUCUCCGUGAUUGUCCCAUCCUCCCGUUUCCUCCCUCAUACCGGAAGUGAGCGCUUGCCGUGUAAUUUCCUGAGCCGGGAGGCCCGAAAGGCUCUAAGUUUGUUUUUCUCUUCUUCAACUUUCGGAAUCUGCGCUCGAGUUCCCAAGGCCGGAGCCAUGUCUGUAGCGGGGCUCAAGAAGCAGUUCUACAAGGCUAGCCAGCUUGUAAGUGAAAAAGUUGGAGGAGCAGAAGGGACUAAGCUAGAUGAAGACUUUAAGGAAAUGGAAAAGAAGGUUGAUGUUACCAGUAAAGCAGUGUCUGAAGUGCUGGCUAAAACGAUUGAAUAUCUUCAACCAAACCCAGCCUCUCGUGCCAAGCUUUCUAUGCUGAACACUGUAUCCAAAAUUAGAGGGCAAGUAAAAAAUCCAGGAUAUCCUCAACCAGAAGGUCUUCUUGGAGAAUGCAUGGUACGCUAUGGAAAAGAACUUGGAGAAGAGUCAAAUUUUGGUAGUGCGAUGUUGGAUGCUGGAGAGUCCAUGAAAAGACUUGCAGAAGUGAAGGAUUCUCUGGACAUAGAUGUGAAACAAAAUUUUCUUGAUCCUUUACAAAACCUUUGUGACAAGGAUCUCAAAGAAAUACAGCACCAUUUGAAGAAAUUAGAAGGUCGCAGACUGGAUUAUGACUACAAAAAAAAACGCCAAGGAAAAAUCCCAGAUGAAGAGCUGAGGCAAGCUUUGGAGAAGUUUGUUGAGUCUAAAGAAGUGGCAGAAACAAGUAUGCUUAAUCUUUUGGACACUGAUGUUGAGCAAGUCAGUCAGCUUUCGGCUUUGGUGGAAUCACAGGUUGAUUAUCACAGGCAAGCACUUCAGAUACUGGAGGAGUUGUCAGACAAGCUCAAAGUUAGCGUACGUGAAGCUUCCUCCCGGCCCAAAAGAGAAGUAAAAGUUAAGAUACAGGGAAAUUAUGACCAUAGUGACAAUGACCAUGCCAAUGGAGGAAUUUCCUGUAAUCCUCUGAACAAAGCACCAGUCUCCUCCUUUCACUCAGAGACGCCCGCCAGAACACCUAGCAACUGCAGCUCCACACCACUGGACCAGCCAUGUUGUAAAGCCUUGUAUGAUUUUGACCCUGAAAAUGAUGGAGAACUUGGCUUUCGUGAAGGUGACAUUAUCACUUUGACUAAUCAGAUUGAUGAAAACUGGUAUGAAGGAAUGAUCAAUGGGAUGUCUGGAUUUUUCCCUCUGAACUAUGUGGAGGUUCUGGUACCGUUACCUCAGUGAGGGCUGCAUUAUUCUAUCGACAGAAGGAGUUCUUAUCCAGCCUUUCACUUGCAGGACCAAAUUACUGGGAUGCUGAUUAUAUCACUUCUUGGAGUAGGGGGGUGUCUCCCAUUUCUCGAACAACAGGAGUUGGUAAUACUUUAUUGGUAUGGUGCAUUAGCGUCAAAACACUAGGUAUAAACAUAAUUCCGUCCAUGUAACUUUUGUUAUAACCCUAUAGUCAAGUUGGAGAUUCAUUACCUAACUCUUAAAACACUACGCUCCACUCUUCUGCAUAGUAACUGUAUUGUCUACAGUCACUUUAAACUUUUUUACAGUUAAUUGGCCUCUAAUAUAAGGAUAAGUAUAUCACAGAUAUGUGAGGGGAAUAUUGGGCAUCUUGUAUUCUUUUAUAUUUCUUUUUAAUCUGCUACUCUAAAAAGAAUUUAUCCUGACUAUAUAAGUGCUAAUGCAUGUAAGGGGGGUAUAUAUAUAUAUAUAUAUAUAUAUAUAUAUAUAUAUAUAAAAUAUAUUUAUAUUACUACUCAUAUUGUUACUGUAAAUGUUAUAUUUUUAUAUAUAAUCUUACAUUUCUUUUCCUUCUCACUAGCAUAGAAUGGC